CUCCGGCACGCUCUGACCCAUCCGGCAACUUGAAAUAUGAGCCGUCGGUAUACACAUGGAUAGCCCGACGAUCCGUACACUCGACAGGGCCAUAGAGCGUUGCAAUCGCGCCUGGCAAAGACUGGGUGCUGGCGAGAACGUCGUUCAUCAUGUUAUCGAGAGGCGAGGGGGGAGGAUAUCAUGACAUGCGCACAUGCAUGUGAAAACCCGACGGGCGGAUUUAGGAUUAGCCCGAAAUUAGCCACCGUCGUGGGCUCGUUCAAGCGACCUCUCCUCCCCGACGAUAUAUUUCUCAAACAUGGUCUCACCAGCAUCUGCUCGACGACUCGAUCUGGCUCAUGAUGUUCUCCAGACAGCAAAUCCGACAUACUCGACUGCACCAGAUAGCGAGUGGCCGUCGGUGGAUGAGCGUGCGGCCCGAAGAGAGGGCUCCUGAAACACGGAAGAAGAUCACGAUCCAGCAUCUUCUCAACAUGAAGCGGAAGCACACCCCCAUCGCAAUGCUGACCGCCUACGACUUCCCGACCGGCCGCGCCUGCGAGGCGCACGGCGUCGACAUCACCCUGGUCGGCGACUCCCUCGCGCAAGUCUGCCUCGGCUACGACGCGACGACGCGGCUCACGCUCGACGAGAUGGUCCACCACUGCCGUGCGGUCGCGCGGGGGAGCAAGGCGCCGUUCCUCGUCGCGGACAUGCCGUUCGGGACGUACGAGGCCGGCGUGGACGACGCCGUGCGAAACGCGGUCCGGCUCGUGCGCGAGGGCGGCGUCGAUGCGGUGAAGAUCGAGGGCGGCGUGGAGGUCGUGGAUACGGUGAAGCGGCUGACGACCGUCGGGAUCCCGGUCAUGGGCCACAUCGGGUUGAUGCCCCAGCGGCAGGCCAUCCAGUCUGGCUACCGGGUACAAGGCAAGAGCGCGGCGGGCGCGUUGAGCUUGGUGGACAGUGCGCUGGCUCUGGAGGCGGCUGGGGCGUUUGCAAUCGUGCUUGAGGCUAUCCCACACGCCGUCGGGGCGCACAUUACGAGACGCCUGCACCAUGCGGCUACGAUUGGCAUCGGAGCAGGCUGGGAAACGGACGGGCAAGUCCUCGUAUGGGACGACUUGAUGGGCACCUGGGGUGGGCACAAGGCCAAGUUCGUGCGGCGGUUCGGCGACGUGCGCGGCGAGGUCGAGCGAGGGGUCCACGCGUACGUGCAGGCGGUGCGAGACCGCAGCUUCCCAUCGGCCAGCGAGAGCUACGAGAUGCCCGCUGAGGAAGCGGAGAGGUUCGUAGGGCUUGCAGGGGCGAGGGGCGACGAGCCAUGACGGGAGAGGGCAGAGUUCGCGGUCGGAUGGUAAAGCUUAUUGAGUAUCUAUAGCGUACGGCGUUUCUUGCACGUAAUCUACCCGUUAUCCUUUACUCGAUGGUACAUACUAGGUUGUCUUUCCAUUGACUGCGAGCGCAUACAUCGUGUUGCAUCAAGACAUCACCCCAGUCCUGUCAGUACGUCUCUUGAUCCUGGUGGUUUAUGACGCGCGAGGCUCGUCGACUCAUUGUCA